AUGUUGCAGUAUCCACUUCAGCUCCCGCCGCUCUCGCUGUCUUCCUCGAAGCGUGUGCCCACCCGCGCUGGCGAUGACUCGACCCCGGGCCACAUCCGCAACGGCCAUUCCGCCCUGACCCACAAGCGCGUCACCAACGACAAGCUCGUCGCCCCUCGCCAGUCCAACUCUUACGCCAUUCCCCUCUCCAUCUCCGCCGCUCUGUCUGCCUCGUCCUCUCCCUCCUCUUCCCCCGACGCCUCCCCUUACCUUUCCCACAAGCAGAUCCCCCGUUCCCCUCUUGUUCUUUCCCAUCGGCAGCCCUCCACUCCCGUCUCUCGCUCUCCCCACACCCUCACCUCCAACCUGCCCUCCAUCCGCGACGACUCGAGCAGGCACUCUUCUUUUUCCUCCGUCGUCACGGAUAUCCUUUCUCAGGGCGACUUGGUCGGCGACGGUCUCUCCCUUCAGGGAGAGACGAUUUGUCGGGUCCCGAUAAGCUCAUCCGAACCGCGGGUCGACUACGAUGAACCGGCGAAGGAAUUCGAGGUCGUUCGUAAGCUUGGCACCGGCAGCUACGCUGUCGUGUACCUCGUCCGCGAGGUUCUUUCCCGUCCUCUGCCCUCGGACGACGGCCACUACGCUGUUGGUCGCUUGGAACUCGACGAAGGACCUGCCAGACGCCCAUCCGUGGAGUACGGUCGCGAAUAUGCUAUCAAGCUGCUGUCCAAGGCAAACCUCGACAAGGAGGCUUUGGACGCUCAGAUGUUCGAGGCCACCAUUCAUCAAUCGCUCCCCGCUCACCCGAACAUAGUCACUCUUCAUCGGACCCUCGAGACCCCCUCCUUUUUAUUGCUUCUACUCGAGUUCGUUCCCGGUGAAGAUCUAUUCUAUUUCUUGGAACAGUCUCGUGACCACUACCAGUCGGAUCCCUCCUUGCCCGAGCUUUCGACCUCGUCUUCGGACUCUAGCAGCUGCAGCUCUCGUACCCCGCCAACACCCAGCCUCCUCUCCUCCCUCAACCCAGGACAGUUGCUCUCGCGUACACGUCUCCGUCUCAUCGCCUCCAUGUUUUCCCAGAUGUGUGAGGCAGUGGCGGUCUGCCAUGAGAACUACGUCUUUCAUCGCGAUAUCAAGCCGGAGAACUUUAUUGUGACCGACGGAUGGACGACGCUGUCCGACGGCAGGUGUGAGCGUAAGGUCAUCGUCAAGCUUACGGACUUUGGACUUUCCACCACCGACACCGAUUCGGCCGAUAUGGAUUGCGGCAGCGCUCCUUACAUGUCUUUCGAAUGCAGAAAUAACAUACACCCUACUUAUUCGCCCCGUGCUGCCGACGUCUGGUCACUUGGUAUCGUGCUUAUCAAUAUGUUGUAUCACUAUAACCCCUGGACAGACACCACACAAGGCGUCUGCCCAUCCUUUGAGCUUUUCCGCAGGCAGCCGGUGGAGUUCUUCAUGAAUCGCUUCACGGGCAUGACUUCACCCGUCGCGGAAUUCCUCGCAACCAACGUCUUCUGCAUCCUCGACAGUCACCAAUCCGACUCGCAGCGGAUCAGCGCCCGCGCCUUUGGCACCUGGAUCAAGGACCUGCCAUCCCUGCUCGGCUCGCCGGCGCCCCGUGGCCACUCGCGCACCGCAUCGGUGAGCUCCACCCAGGGAUACUGUCUUGCAUCCAUCCCACAUUCCCGCCGUCCGUCCCUUCGCAACGCGCCACCGCGCCUCGAGGUGCCUGCAUCGCAGCGUGCAUCGAAGUCGCUGUCUCGUGCGCCCUCGCUCGGCCCAGCGUUCGAAGCGCUGGAGUCCUUGUCGACGCUGGCAACCGUCCUUGACCAGGACACGGAGGAGCAGGAGCAGGAUGGUGAGGUGGAGCCGGAGUCGCGGUCAGCGUCCACGCACAAGCGGCGCAAGCGCGGUGCACGCAAGGGCAAGGGAUUGGUGCUCUCCCCAGUCUCGCCCAUCCCAGACAGAACGCUCGACACGCUCGCCGAAGCGUCGCAGGCGCUCGCGCGGGAGAUCAGCCGCACGUCGCGCUCGUCCCAGGUACCACUAGCAGAGACUCCGGUAUCCGUUCCCGCAGUUCCGCCCGUUCCGCCGGUCCUCGCGUCGCCGCUGCCCCCGACACCGACGACGCCGACGAUCUCCAAGAAGCCGUCCAAGUGGAAGCUCAGCUUCGGCAAGGGCAGCAGCGCCAGUGUCACCGCUGCCGCCAGCGCGAAAGCCACCUUUGCGGAGGAGCCGGUUCCUGACAGUGGCAAGGCGAUGUCUGCUACGGCCAGCAACGUCACGAGCCUGCUGAUGAGCCUCAACGCGCCCGCGGGGCCUGUGCCCGUGCCGGAGGUCGAGGAACCCGAGUCUUGGGGCGUGCGCGGACGACGCGCGAAGAACUCGCCGUAUGGUGCGCAUGCGAGCCCCAAUGCGUCUUCCAGCCACACGUGGGGUCCGUCCUCGAGCUCGCCCUUUGGCUCGAACGCCCAACUCGGAGAGCGCCGCGCGCAGAAUGCGGAUGCGCGCUCGCAGCGCGCGAUCUCGCCUGCGAGCACGCGCAGCGGCCGCCCGUUGGCCUCGAGUGCGAGCUCGAUGGCGUCGUCCAACUGGCGGAGCUCGAUGUCGAGCGUCGGGACGUCCUCGUCGUCUGCGUCGGCCUUCACGCGGUACAGCAACGGCAGCACGCGGAGCGUGUCCACCGCUGCCACGAGCGUCUCGUCCAACAGCUGGCGGAGCCAGCAGAGCAAGUACCCGUACGACAGCAAGCCCCCGCAGAUGCCGUCGAACGUCAAGUUGAUGACGGGCACGCCGUGGGAGCUGUACGAGCUGCCGCGACAGAUGUACCACAAUCCGGAGGACGUCAAGUACGGCGCGCCGCCCGUGCGCACGCGCCGCGCGCCGAAGCACAAGGACACGAAGCUGGACACGAUCAGCGAGCGGCCGCACAAGGCGUCGCCGCUCGCGCAGCGGCAUGACGCGUCGACGAGCACGACGGAGCUCGACCGUCUGCCGCAGCGCGAGAGCGAGGACGGCUCGUACGAGGGCAGCUCCCCGCGCAAGGUGCAGAAGGGCCAGAUCAACGCGCUCGCGAAGAUGCUGUCCGCGCUGCGCCGCUGA